UUCUGUAUGUCAGCAAACUUGUGGGUGUUGUUGAGGGACUCGUACUCGGAGCGACAGAAGGACUACUGCAUCGUGUCUGGUUAAUAGAGCAGGCAGUGAUGGUGGACUAUGCAAUGAUGGCCUCAACAGAGCCAUCCCAUGGCAACUGGUCAUUGGACAACUGGCCAUUUAACUGGACGGAGGGGGACGACUAUGAUGAAUACGAUGACUAUGAUUACGACCAGCCAAGGCUGAGGAAAUCCCUGAACAUCAUGUCCCUUGUCAUCUACUCCCUGGCGUUUGUCCUGGGCGUGGUCGGCAAUGGCAUCGUGAUCUGGGUGACGGGAUUUAAGAUGAAGAAGACCGUGAACACGGUGUGGUUCCUCAACCUGGCCGUGGCCGACUUCAUGUUCACGGCGUUCCUGCCCAUCAGCGUGGCCUACACCGCCAUGGACUUCCACUGGCCCUUUGGCAGGUUCAUGUGCAAGAUCAACAGCACCUUGACCACCCUCAACAUGUUUGCGAGCGUCUACAUCCUGGUGGUGAUCAGCGUGGACCGCUGCAUCUCCGUGGUGAAGCCCAUCUGGGCGCAGAAUCACAGGAGUGUGCAGAGGGCUUCGGCCGUGAGCCUGGUGGUCUGGUUCCUGGCCCUGGUGCUCAGCUCGCCGUACUUUGUCUUCCGGGACAUAGGCCCCAGCGCCAUGAACAACAACGUCAUCCACUGCUUCAACAACUUUGUCUUCACGGACGACGAGAUCGAGGACACCCCCGAGGUGAGAGCGCUGUACUCGCUGCGCCUCUGCGUCAUGGUGGUGACCCGCGUGGUGCUGGGUUUCGUGGUGCCUUUCAUCGUCAUCGUGUCCUGCUACGCCGUCAUCGUGCAACGGCUCAGGACCAACCGCUCCAUGUCCGGGCGCACGGGCCGGCCCUUCCGAAUCAUCGCGGCGGUCAUCACCGCCUUCUUCCUCUGCUGGGCGCCGUUCCACAUCAUGUCCGUCAUCGAGAUGGCCAACCACAUGCGGGACAGGAUGAGCCCCAGCCUGAACUUUGUCACCAUGAUCGGCAUGCCGAUCACCACCAGCCUGGCGUUCCUCAACAGCUGCCUCAACCCCUUGCUGUACGUCUUCAUGGGCCAGGACUUCAAGGACAAGGUGCGCAAGUCCAUCCUGAAGGUGCUGGAGACGGCCUUCACGGAGGAGGUGUCUCGCACCAACACCUACACCAACUCCAUGCUCACCACGCGCAGCAAAGACAAGUCCUUCUCGGAUGCAGAGGUGUGAGGUGACCUACUUUGUGUAUUAUUUUUUAAAGAGACAAGACACUUCUCAAGACAAAAACAACCACUUUCAUCCAGCCGAAGCACCUAACCACGGACAUACUAUUGGGGUGGUGUGAAGGCUGGACAUUCGAAGCACAAAAACAACUUUUUGAAAUUUCCUCCAUUUUGUAUCCGGAGGUCGAUACAACCCCCAUGCUCUAAGACCUACCAAAUGGAGGCAUUGUAUGUGGAUGGAUGGAUGGAUGUCAGCCACAAUGACUUGCCCUUCAGCCUACUUUCAAGGUUUACACAACUGCACUGCACAGAAUCCAGUCAAACCCUCUACAGGAAUUUUGAGAAGCAGCAAUCUUCUAAUUGCACUGAAUAAGACCUGAGACAGAAUGUUCUGCUUCAGGUAGGCUUGGAGGGGCUCCAGAUCUUACUCAGCACACCUUCGCGUUGUUAAUUGAGAAAAGGUGGUUUUACACACGCACGCACGCACACACACACACACACACACAAACACACACACACACACACGCACACACGCGCGCACACACACACACACACACACACACACACACACACACACACACACACACACACACACACACACACACACACACACACACACCAGGACUCAAAACCAUGCUGCCAUAAGCAGUCAUUAUGUUGUUGCUGAGUAAAGAGGAAAAAACUCAUUCAAUUUGAGAGGAGCCAUUUAUGUUGCGUUGUGUUUAACCAUGAAUGUGGGAUUUGUGUAACCUGGUGGUUUAACGAGCAGUAACAUGAAAAUGUAACUGAUUGUGACCUUUUUUUAACUCUCUGGCUCCUGUUCUCAUGGUUGUUUCCGAAUAGGUACUGCAGAUUUGGAAAAUCCCAUGUUUACACCAAAAUACCCAUUUAUAACUGAAGCGGCAAAGGCCCCCUGCUCUCUGACAGAAGUUAAAAAUCGAUGCAGCGCUACACUGCCAACAUGUUUUUAUGUUUUAUUGCUUUUCGUUUACUUGCUGUUUUGUAAUUAUCAUGUUGAUGUAUGAUUAUAUAAGGACAGUGGUACCCAUCUCAUUCUAGCCCAGUUGUUUGGGCAAUGCACCAUGUAUUUUGUGGUGCACGAUAAGACACACCCUGUGAAAAUAACAAGACUUCACAGCAUGGCAUCCCAAACGAUAUUGUUGAAGAAGCAGUUAAUAGGCUGGAAAGUUCUCAUCAGUGCCAGGGGGCGGUGUUUGGUGUCACUGAUGUUUGCACGACUUUUACAUGUUGCUUACCCCUAUAGUUGCAGGCCAAAGAUCCAAAAUGAUGCCUUUCUCUGACUUUGUUAGAGGCACCAAAGUGAUAUAAAGAGGGUGACAGUCACAAAAUGUGUGUGUGUGUGUGUGUGGGUGUCUGUGUGUGUGUGUGUGUGUGUGUGUGUGUGUGUGUGUGUGUGUGUGUGUGUGUGUGUGUGUGUGUGUGUGUGUGUGUGUGUGUGUGUGUGUGUGUGUGUGUGCACUUAGACUGACUUAAGAGACUUACUUUAUUGAAGAAAAAAUAUAGAAAAGGCAUUUACACGUAAGCUAGACUUGUUUUGGUUCUGUUGUUCUUAUGGUGUCAUAACUGUCUAAUUAUGUCCUCUGUUGGUGACCGGUAGUUUAGGCCUUUUUCGUUUAAACCCCUCUGUUGAAUUCUGGGGACAGUAUUGUUGAAUAAUUAAGUGAAUAAGAAAUCAUUAAAGUUAACUGUGCAAUCAAAUAUAAUCAUGAGCUACAACGAUAAUUUGACUACAUUCAACAAUUGCACGUAUAUGAUAAGAGAUAGUCAUAGUUAGAAGGCUAUGAUAUCUUCAAGAAGUUCAGAAGUACUUUCCUGAUUAAGAAUAAAAACACAGUGAAGCUGACAUCUAUCAAAAAUGUAAAAAGGUUUUUGACACAAUUUGAAAAGGUAAUGUCUUCACACUUUUGAAAAUAAAAUAUUAGUAAUAAUAAAAACACUUCAAAAGGAUGCAGUGCUGGCCCCUCUAAAACACACUGCAUAUUCAUUCACACGUUGCUUAUUCAUCAAUGCUUUCGGAUCAGAAUUAAUCGGAAGCGUUGGACAUUAGUGAGUAUUUCCCUUAUCAUUUUGUGUUACAAUCACAUGAAGGAGGGUAAAUGUGCAGGCCAUUAGACACCUUUGGCAUAAAGAUGGAUCAUUAUUUUGUGAUUGUUUAUUAUUCUGCCACUAUUGAGUUUAAUAUGUCAUGCUCAAUAUACUUGUUGAUAUGAGACUGAAUGUUUUAGGUACUGAUGAAUUGUGUCUAUUGUAGUAUGCUAUGUGAUGAGAUGCCAGAUGUUUUGUAUAUGAAUUGUGAUUCAUUCAUUCCUUGCCAUGCUAUGUUCUAAUAAACAUGAUAUUGAAAAAAAAACAAUGAAAAUGCUGUAUAUUUGAUCAUAACCUUUGUCAAGAAGUCUUCACCCUAUGCAGAGGACAAAUUAGGUGCUGUUUAGCUGGAUAUUUUUAUAUGUGGAUAUUUUUUUCUCCUGGUUGCAUUGGUUUUGGCCUUCCGUUUCCACGAAGCAGAUAUUUAAAAUCCACGUAUAAAAAGCAGGAGAAAAAAAAUAUCCUAUUUAGGGGGCUGAAACGCAUUUGCUACAAUGGAGGAUUUAUUUUUAUCCACAUGUUGCAUUUACACCUAAACAGGAGAAAAAAAUGCCCUGCUAAAAAAAUAUCCUGGAAACAGCACCUUAAAGUGUUAACGUCAGCUCUGGCCAGGCCAUGGUAGUCAAGAAGCUUGCCUCCCUGCCCUUCAUCUCUCAUUCAUUCCUAAUUGAUCCAGGUGUAUCCCCUCAGCUGAUAAUCUUUCUUCCCUAGCGAUUGGCCCCACGGCAUCGGCACGCCUUUUAAAUUCUACCCACCUCCUCUCAACUGUAUGCUGCUCUGUUUUUGCUACCCACCGCCUCCCCUGCUCCACCUUGUCGUGUAUGAUGUAGCAUGGUCUCUUGUCACGUCGCUUGGCUAUGUUCGUGUGGGGAUAUCCAUCUCUGCCUGUCCUGCUGGGGUGAGAAUUCCCUAAACUGAUGCUGCUCCCUGACUACUGCUUUUCCACGGUGCUCAUGGAAAUAGGGGGGUUCCUCCGAACAGAGCUA